UCUCUCUCCAACGGCCGAGGCCCCCGAGCUUUAUAUAAAUGCGGGCCGGCCGGCAGGCGUCUUAACUCCUGUCAUCACCAUCACCUCAUUCCCUCCCCUUCUUCUCUUCUCGGCCAAGCCACCGCGCCGUGCGCCGAUCGAUCAAAGAUAAAAGCGGCAUCGAUGCUGCUGCCGGCGGCCAAGUACCUGCUGGGGUCGCCCGGCGCGAGCGGGUUCGGGUCCAAGUCCACCGCCGACGACGUCCUCACCGGCGGCCCCGACCUCUCUUCCCUCACCGCCAUCAUCACCGGCGCCACGUCGGGGAUCGGGGCGGAGACGGCGCGGGUGCUGGCCAAGCGCGGGGCGCGCGUCGUGAUCCCCGCGCGGAACGUCAAGGCCGCCGAGGAGGUGCGGGCCCGCAUCCUCGGCGAGUCCCCCGCCGCCGACGUCCUCGUGCUCCCGCUCGACCUCAGCUCCCUCGCCUCCGUCCGCUCCUUCGCCUCCCGCUUCCUCUCCCUCGGCCUCCCCCUCAACCUCCUCAUAAACAAUGCGGGCAAGUUCUCGCACGGGCAGCUGGCGCUGUCGGAGGACGGCGUGGAGAUGACGUUCGCGACCAACUACCUCGGCCACUUCCUGCUGACCAAGCUCCUGCUGGGGAAGAUGGCGGUGACGGCCGCGGAGACCGGGGUGCAGGGCCGCAUCGUCAACGUGUCGUCCAGCGUGCACGCCUGGUUCGCCGGCGACUGGGCCGAAUACCUCCGCCAAGUCACCCGCCGCAACAUAGCCUACGACGCGACGCAGGCGUACGCGGUGUCCAAGCUCGCCAAUGUGCUGCACACCAACGAGCUCGCCAAGCGCCUCCAGGAGAUGGGCGCGAACGUGACGGUCAACUGCGUCCACCCGGGCAUCGUCCGGACCCGCCUCAACCGCGACCGCGAGGGCCUCGUCACAGAUCUGGUGUUCGUGCUGCUGUCCAAGCUGCUCAAGACCAUCCCCCAGGCUGCGGCGACCACGUGCUACGCGGCGGCGCACCCGAGGCUGGCCGGCGUCUCCGGCCGCUACUUCGCCGACUGCAACGAGGCGGCGCCGUCGCCGGCGGCCACCAGCGCCCCCGAGGCCGCGCGCCUCUGGCGGGCAUCCGAGGCCAUGAUCUGCUGCGCCACCCAACACGGCAGCAAUGCUUCUACGACUACUACGAGUGCUCCAAUACUAGUAGUACCGGACAGGAACAUCUGACUCCUGAUCUCUGUAUCCACGAUGUAAAUUAUUAUAAUUCCCUUCUCUUGUUUCUUCUGUUAAUUGCAUGCAAGAUGUAACAUAUGCAUGCAGAGAUAUAAAUAGUUGCAGUAGGUGAUUAGUUAGUUAAUUAGUGAUCGUGUCACAGAGUGAAGAGCAUCUGUAAGAGAGCUGAGACUGUGAGACGCAUGUGUAUUAUAUCAAUAUUUAUUGUGCUACAUAUAUAUGGGACUGGGCUCAGUCGGCUGAGAAACCACAUUUCUCAGUCGACCGGCCUGGGUACGUGCAUGCGAGUCGGUGCGUGUGCCUGCGUGCGUGUGUUUGAGAUCACAAUGAAAAACAUUCAUCAUUACAGUAACAUUAAUUAAUUCA